GUAAUUUGCAAUUGUCCCGUAGCUGACAUUGCUAAAGUUGUGAUGGCACUUUCUAGGCUCUGUUGCAGUUCUUGGUUGGCAUUCUUUGAACUGAGCUACCACUUCUGUACUACACAACAGCUCCAAUCAGCAGUUGUAAGGCAUUAUUCAAAACAGGCUAUUAAACAGAUGUAUGUUCUUAUUCUUGGCCUUGAUGUCUUGGGUAAUCCAUUUGGAUUCAUCAGAGGCUUGUCUGAAGGAGUAGAAGCGUUCUUCUAUGAACCUUACCAGGGAGCCAUCCAGGGUCCAGAAGAGUUUAUAGAAGGAAUGGCACUAGGACUUAAAGCACUAGUAGGAGGAGCUGUUGGUGGAUUAGCUGGUGCUGCAUCGAGAAUCACUGGUGCUAUGGCAAAAGGAGUAGCUGCAAUAACUAUGGAUGAGGAUUACCAGCAGAAAAGGAGAGAGGCCAUGAAUAAGCAGCCCACUGGUCUGAGAGAGGGUAUCACUCGUGGUGGAAAAGGAUUAGUUUCUGGUUUUGUCAGUGGCAUAACAGGAAUAGUUACAAAACCAAUAAGGGGAGCUCAGAAAGAAGGAGCAGCUGGUUUUUUCAAAGGUGUUGGAAAAGGCUUAGUGGGAGCAGUAGCUAGGCCUACUGGAGGAAUCAUAGACAUGGCAAGCAGCACAUUUCAGGGUAUUAAAAAAGUUACAGAUUCAUCAGAAGAUGUGAUAAGCCUGCGCCCACCUCGCUUCUUCGGUGAAGAUGGAGUUAUUCGACCUUACAGAUUAAGAGAUGGAACCGGAAGUCAGAUGUUACAGAAAAUUGAAAAUGGAAGAUUUGCAAAACUCAGAUAUAUCGCACAUGCCAUGGUCAACAGCACAGAUCUGUUAAUGGUAACAAAAAGUGGUGUAUUAUUUGUGACAAAAGGGACAUUUGGACAGCUGACAUGUGAAUGGCAGUACACGUAUGAUGAAUUUACCAAAGAACCAUUUAUUGUUGAUGGCAGGAGAUUACGCAUUGAAGCCAAGGAACGAGUUAAGUCUGUGUUCCAUGCCAAAGAAUUUGGAAAAAUUAUUAAUUUCAAAACUCCAGAGGAUGCUAAGGCUAAACAGACCCAUGUCUAUCAGCCUCUCCUCAUACGAGAGAUACUCCUGUCCCAUCAUCAUCUUCGUAGCCCUCCAUUGGACUUCUCCAGUAGUUCCCUGCCUCUUGAACUGGUGAGCCGAGAACUGGGCUAA